AGAAAUUGUCCAGUAACAAGUCGAGACUGGAAGAUAGCCACUCCACCGUCACGCGGUCGAGGGACUAGCCAGGUACUAGACGCUCUAGGAGAGAUACGAAGCUCUGGGCAGCUAAACUGCUUCAAGUAAUCCAAAUAAUAUACUCCAUACCAGGACGACGCCCGUUGGACGAGGCAAGGGACCUAAGUACGUCUGGAGUACGUCCAUCGGCUUAGUUAUAAUGUCAUCGAGAGACUCCAUCCGCGUCCAAGACAAGGAGAUACGAGAUACUGCCGGAAUGGCAAGGCCUAUAAAAUUUAAAGCCCUCUAUCGCGCCCGCACAGACCGGAAACUUUCCCCAGCCCACAGUCGAGGGUUAUCAGACUCAAGUCCCGGAUAGAUUUAGGUUUGUCGGAUCGCGAUGGACGAGGACACCAUGACCAGUCUAGCUUCCCUCCGCACCACGUAUGAUCUAUUACUAGUCGUCAACAAUAAUGCGCGGCGGCGUGAAGAGGUCGCGCAAUGGGUGCGCGGCUUGCAAGGAGAAGAAGUUAAAAUGCGAUGAGACAAAACCGGUUUGCUUACGCUGCAGUAAGAGAGGCAUUGUCUGUCCUCGUUAUGCAAAGGUAGACAAGAGCUCAUCAACACAUCCAUCAGACAGCCCAACGCCGUCGACUGUAGAGGAACACGCUGGCAGUGGAAUAGGGAUCCCAGACCUCAUUAUACAAGGACAUCAUUCCAAGUGUGAUCCAACCAUUUUCGAUGACCUCGCAAACGACAUAUUCAGAUUUGAGACCCAAGGCAGUUUCAAUGCAAAUGCUGACACGUUCACCCACUCCGUCGACUCGAGCCAUUGGAACUAUGUGGAAGAUGCCGAGGCCGGUCGAAACAGUUAUCCUGCCUCGACGCAGACACUAACACCAAUAUCAACUGUCCCUUCUACAGUCACUUCUGUCCAGCGAGCACCGCGUCGGGACUCUUCAAUCUCCUCGUCGGAUUUGUCUCAUUCUCGAACGGUCGAUGGCCCGGGCCCAUCAGCUCGUCCGAGAGAAAACAGCCAAUCUACCCAAUCUUUGCCCAGACUAAUGAAUGAUCCUUCAUCAAUUCUCGUGGAGUAUUAUUUCAAAGAAGUGGCCGGUCUGUUCUCCUGCUAUGACAGUCAUUUGAAUCCCUUCCGGUCCACGGUAUCCCGUCUAUGGAACACGUCCCCCUCGGUUUACUACGUUGUGCAGAGCAUGUCUGCCGCGUGCCUGGCGGACGCAUUCCCUCAAUGGAAUGUCAUUGGCACGCAAAUGCGAAAUAAAGCGGCCGCUUCGGUUGAUAAGGAUAUCAGCGCCUUCAAAGUCGAUACUGGCUCCUUGCUUGCGAUGGUGAUGCUCGGACUCACUGCCAGCUGGCACAACGCCAACGACCUGGGCCGCACAGAAUUCAUCCGAGCGCGGGGCAUUAUUGGCGCCAUGCUUGCAGGCAAAGACCUGGGACAAGUGGACAAUAAUGAACGCAAUUUGCAGUUCUUCCAGGAAGCCAUGAUCUACUGGGAGAUGUUGUUGUCGUAUGUCAUCGAUGAUACCUGGCCAGCACUACCCGCCGGGCCUAAACCCACGUCGAACCCGGAUGCCCGUCACGGCCGGGUGGAACCAAGUACCCUCCCGCACCCCUGGACCGGAGUGGCAAGGAAAGCGCAAGCCAUUGUGUUUGAGGUCGGGCGUCUCAUCCGACAAGAGCGGCACCGCAUCAGAAGCCUCACGUUCACCACCUCGGCCGACAUUGACCACGCGCGCAAGUCUCUGAUAACAGCAGAGCGGCUCGCCGACCGGCUACAGAAGCUCACCUUCCCGGCCGAAGAGGGCAUCGUCAGCCCAGCCGAUGACCAGACGCCUGUAAAGCACUUCCUUACCAUUGCCGAAGCGUAUCGUUUGACUGGCUUGCUGCAACUGUACCGCGUUUUCCCGGACAUCCUAGAGGCGCAAAUCGCCAACUCGCCCCACGCACCCCGUCGCAGCCACAGCCAUUCUGGUAGUUCUGGGAGUGUUGCGUCGGGGCUCUCCAUCAGCAUGCGUCUCACCAAGCUUGCCCUCGACAUCCUGGAUCUCCUGAGAGCCAUCCCAAUCGAGUCUCGGACGCGGUGCGUGCAGCCGUUUCUCCUCGUGGCCGUCACAAGUGAGCUGCACAUCACUUCCCCCUCAAUCAACAUCACCCCCCAUCAUGCCCACCGCCAACAACAAGGUCUACACCUGAAUGCUAGUGUCGACGGCGCCCCAAGUGCUAUGGACGUGCUGCAGGCCCGGAAAUUUGUGAUUGGGCGCCUUUCCACGUUUGAGCAUGUGCUUCCGGCAAAGCCAAUCCGGCAGAUGCUAGAUAUUGUGACAGAGACGUGGCAUCGUAUUGAUCUGGGGUUGCAGAACGUGUAUUGGAUGGAUGUGAUGAUUGAGAAGGGGUGGGAGACCAUGAUGGGGUAGUGGGGUUGUUCUUUUCCCCCCACCUCUCCCUUUUCCCUUCAUCAUUCUUCUUAUGGAGAUAUCACUGAUGACUUGAUCUCUCUCGGAGUUUCUGGCGUUGGUCAUGUUCGUCAGAGUGGGGGCUCUGUAGCUAUCAAUAUCAUUUUUCCCAGUUCCCCAAGUACCAAAAUAUACCUAUUG